CAAUGGUGGGAGGGCCAGGGUGAAAAAGGAAGCGGAGUUUGGAUUCUCAGAAACAAUGACAUUUUUCCCCCCACACAAAAGAUAUUAUAUAAGAAAACAGGGUCGAUGAAGGGGGGAAAGGGGGAAAGAGUACCCAGGGUACGAGUUUAAGGGGAUGGCGUGGGUGAGGGACAUUGACUAGUAAAGAUGGAUAAUCCUGGCCUCGAGCGUUCAGCCGUUCGUAGUUUUUUUUCUGAGGUCCAAAUUCAUCAGGCAAAUAAAUUCUCCCGGGCAAUUCUGUCACUCAAACCCAACCCCGAGAAAAAUGGUAAUUUCAAAGGAAGACGGAAACCUCUCCGGGAUUUCAAGUCCUAGCGCAGCCGUUUCGGACGUAAAUCAUUCCUUUGUCUAGUUAGGGGGUGACCCAGAUCAGAGGUCGAGGAUUUCGGGGCGCCUCUGGAGAGGCGGCCCAACAACCCUGCAACAGAGCAGAGUGGGGCUCCGUGUGUUUAUCUGGGCUAAGAGAGGGGGCGGGGGUCCGCGGAGAAGACUACAGCUCCCAGCAUUCCUGCUCGGUCUCCUCCCCGUUUCUGUCCAUCAGAGAGGCAAGGCUCGGUGAGUCAGUACCCUACAGUAAAUAUUUGUAUUAGCAAGAGCCGGCUCUGUAAUGGUGGAUCUGUAAAGGAGAGCCGGAGAGCCCAGCCUUCGCCCAGAAAUCCCUCCCGUUGUCUGGCCGGGGAGCGAGCGAAGCCCACUCGGCACCAUGUCGGUGAACAUGGAUGAGCUGAAGCACCAGGUGAUGAUCAAUCAGUUCGUGUUGACUGCGGGGUGCGCCGCGGACCAGGCGAAGCAGCUUCUCCAGGCGGCACAUUGGCAAUUCGAGAUAGCCCUCAGUGCUUUUUUCCAAGAGACCAAUAUCCCUUAUAGCCACCACCAUCAUCAGAUGAUGUGCACUCCUGCCAACACCCCCGCCACGCCCCCCAACUUCCCCGACGCCCUCACCAUGCUCUCCCGCCUCAAGGCCUCCGAGAGCUUCCACAGCAGCAGCCCCAUGGCUUCCUCGGCCACCUCGCCCCCACCCCUUCCGCAUCCCCCCCACUUUGGGAGCUUCCCCACCCCCGGCUGGCCUACUGCCUCACCUCCGGGCCCACAGCAGCAGCCCCUGCAGCCGCAGCAAUACUCAUGGACUCCUGCCCCUUCUUCCCAGCCCUCGGACUGGCCUCCCCCGGCCUCCCAGCAGGCCACCUCAGAACAGAAGGCCAACUCGACCAUGGAGGCGGAGAGAUAAGGGAGGCCUCCCCCCUCCCCUCCCCAGGGCCCAGCUCCCAGGGCCGGGGGCAGGGGAGAGGACCUCUCCCGCGGGCCCCUUCCUCCUCCUCCUCUGCACCCCCAUGGUGAUUUCUUUCCCCUUUCCCCUGGAGACCUGGAGGGGGAGAGACAGGACUUGGUAGCCAGGCAGGGAUUGUGUCUUCUCUCUCUCUCUCUCUAUCUCUCUCUCUCUCUCUCUCUCUCUCUCUCUCUCUCACACACACACACACACACACACACACACACACACACUCUCACACACUCUCCUCUGCCUAGAUUUAAUUUGAAGCUGGGUUCAUAUUAGAGACUGAGGGACCUUCUCAAAGACUAAACAGCUCCCCCGACCUGCCCGCCCUCCCUCCCCUUCCCUACUUACCCUAGAGAAUCACUACAAAGUCAGCUUCUGAUUUCGGGUUCCAUGUACUUCUAUGCACACACACACAUGCAUGCGUACAAACACGGGAACACAGGGCCCCAUCUGUGUGUGUGCGUGUGUGUGUGUGCGUGUGCGCGUGUAUAAAAAUGUAUUUAUGUGUAUGUCUCUACUCAAAACUCCAUGUAGGUUUUCAGGGCAGCUGGAUUUUGCAUGUGAAUAACUGAUUCCCAAAGGCUUCCCUACCCUCGCCUUUUGCCCUACUUCCCUCCCCCCCCCCCCCCCGGCCCCCCUUCGUCUUCUGUUCUCCUGUCCAGCGCUGCCUCACCUGCAUAGAAAUGGACUGUGGGAAACUCCAGGACUCUCGGCUUCCCCACCCCAGCCCCCUCCUCCCCCCUGGGAUCACCUGCAUGCCUUCCCCAGAGCCCAGGGGGAUGGGGUCCCCAUCUCCUUUCCCCAUUUUAACAAACAAGAAGAAGAAAUUCCAAACCCACCAGACUCUGUGGUUUUGCAUUGUUUUCUGAUAACCUUUGCAUGUUGCUGUGUGUGAGCGGGUCAGAAGGGGGGGUGGGGGGGCGGGGAAAGGCCAGAGAGAGAAGUCAGGAGCCAAAGGGCCUGGGUUCAAAUCCUGUCCCUGAGGGCCCUAAUAUGUGUAGUUAGGGGAUAGGGCUAGAUGGCUUCUGAGGCCUCUCUAUCUUUCAGCCUGUGUUUAAUAUCUGAGCAGAGGAAAUGUGAAUCCUUUUGAGGUCUUUUAGGCCAUUCAAAAGCAUCUGGAGUGUUUCUCUGUAUAUUUUUUUAAGCUACAAUUUUCCCUUCAUUCUCUAAAGAAUGAAGAGAUUUCCUCUCCUCCCUCUUCAGUCUUCAGCAAUAUUGGUUUUCAACUUAUGAGCUGAAAUUGUGACUGGAGGUAACUCCUCUGUUUCCUGCACCCCACUCUAUUUACUCAUUCACCCCUAUUUUCUCCCUCACCCUAGGGUGAAGAAUAAGACCAGAAAAUCACUAUCCUACCUCAGUUUGUUUCUCUCUACUGGCUUUUGGCCAAUCCUAAUCUAAAUGCAAAAGUUUGGGCUAUGCAUCCCCUGGGUCCAAGGCUUGAUUUUUUUCCUUUCUAAUCCUGUUUUACCUAAAGAUAAACACUGAGUGGCUGUAAGCUCAGUGCUUAAGAGAAAGGAGAGUUAAAGCCAAAACAGCAAUCUGGCUCUUGAGUGUGUCUACAUUGAAGUACAGACAUACCCUGGGGGACACACACACUGACCAUGAAGUCUGGGGAAGGAGGGAGUCCAGUAAACUUCAGAGGAAAAGGUGGAAGGAGAGGUGUAGUCCCUUAACCUGGGAGAGGGAAGCCAGAUACUCCAGAAACAUUCCUCUGGUUAACUACAGCAGCUGGCUUUUAUAUUCUCCAAGUACUUUGUAUAUGUCAUUUUAUUUUUACAUGUAGGUCUUAGAUCCUGAGAUAGUCAUGUGGAGUCUCAGGGACAAAUGCCUGGGAGACAUGGACAGGGAAUAGAGAGGCAUUUAAGAACAUUUGAGACCUAGACUGGGAAGCCACAUGAGAGAAAAGAGGUCCAAAUGUAUGAUCCCCCAGGAAAACUACAAAAAAAAAAAAAAA